AUGCAAGGUCGUGUAGGGAGGAAAUCAUUCCCAAAUUCUACUAUUACUACUCUCUUCACAAGUUCCCAAAAACCCAAUAACCAAAUUCUUCAAAAACAAUUCCCGGAAACCAAAAACAAUGUCAGAACCCCCGCAAUCGAGAACCAUAUGCCUCAUCGGCGAUAUCCACGGCCACAUAACCAAACUCCAAAACCUCUGGUCCAAUCUGGAAAACACAAUCGACCCAUUACACUUCAAAACCGCCACAAUCAUCUUCUUAGGCGAUUACUGCGACAGAGGCCCUCAAACUCGCCAAGUAAUCGACUAUCUCAUCUCCUUGCCAUCCCGUUACCCUAGUCAAAAACACGUGUUCCUCGCCGGGAACCAUGAUUUCGCCUUCACCGCUUUCCUCCGCCUCCUCCCGCCCCCGCUUGACGGGUCUGAGUUUUCUGAAGGGUGGAAGGAGUUUGAGGAUAAUGAAGAGAGAGAAGGAUGGUUUAAUGGAGAUGGGUAUGAGAAGAUGCAUUUGCAAGGUAGAAGGUGGAGUGGGACUAUAAAAACUCAAUUUGAUACUUCUAAGGGUAUUAAAUAUCAUGGUUCUAUUUAUGAUGCUGCACCCACUUUUCACUCUUAUGGUGUUCCUCACGGUUCAGCAGAUUUGGUUAAGGCAGUUCCUGAUGAGCAUAAGAAAUUUCUUGCGGAUUUAGUUUGGGUCCAUGAAGAGGAUGAAGUUUUUAUGAACACUGAUGAUGGAGUUAAGUGCUGCAAGUUGAUUGCUGUUCAUGCUGGUUUGGAGAAAGGGGUAGAUGUGAAAGAGCAGUUGAAAUAUUUGAAAGCUCGAGAUACUGGAAUACCUAAGGUGCAGCCUCUAAGUGGUAGAAAGAAUGUAUGGGAUAUUCCUGAGGAACUAAGUGCAAGUUCAACCAUCAUUGUUAGUGGUCACCAUGGAAAACUCCAUAUUGAAGGCUUAAGGUUGAUAAUUGAUGAAGGUGGUGGACUCCACGAUAAACCAGUAGCUGCAGUUGUUCUUCCUUUCAUGAAGAUUAUUCGUGAUACUGAUGUAUUGACAAAGUAGAUUCAUAUUUGUGAUAAUUUUUUUAGGUGUAACAUUGUGUCUAUUUCUUCUCAUGUUAAAUAUUUUGUAUGUUUUAUUAAUGGGGAAAUUCUGUAUUUAUAUCAUUAUUAAUGACUUUAACGGAGUGGAGUGGAGGAUUAUUGUAAUUUGUAAAUUCUUUGAAGAAAAAAAUAAGAUAUUGAUUUGCAACGAAUGCUACUAUUUUUUCGAUCCUUGACUCAUGCGUGUGAAAAUAACUUAGUCGUGGGGUGAACUCUCUUGUGUCUAAUAAGUUUUCUGAGAGGGAUUAGUCACGGGUGAAACAUUUCAAGUAGGUUUUCAAAGUUUCAUCUGAUUUUCAAUUCUUGGAUGUGUUGCUCAGUAUUUGAGUGAGGUUUCUUGGACUUAGAAGAGUUCCUUCCAAAAGGCACUGAGGAAGAGAGGAUCCCCGACAAGCACGAAGGAUUUUGGGAUGAUGUGGAGAAGACCAAUCUCCACUAAAAGAUGCUCUGCCAGAAUUGAAGCU